AUUCUAGAUAAUAAUGGAUAAUAUGAUGCCAAGUCCAUAUCGCGGUCGCAACAGCGGACAAUGGAGAGGAGGAGGAGCGCAAGCAAGAGGACGGAGAUCAAAUGACUUCCAAUCGCCAUUUGCUAGUCCUUAUCAGAAUACGUGGGGCAGUCCAGCUGAUGGCAGUGCGCAGCGUCGUCCUUAUGGGCGUGGCUCACCAUCUCCCCGCUACCAGUCGAAUCAAGGAGGAUAUCAGAACAGCGGACGAUCAUCGUAUGGUGGAUUUCGAGGGACUCCAGGAAGCUCCUAUAAGAACAGAAAUCAAAAUGGGCAAAAGGAAGUGGAUAUCCGCGCUUACGUGAUUCCAGCCAUGACACAGAAUCCCUGGAAAGACCUGGAGGAGCAAUGGAAGAGCGAGAAGGCAGCAGGAGUAGAUAAUACAGUGAAUCAACAAUGAAACUUUGUAAUAAACAAAGCUGUCAUGUUACAAAGAUACUAAACAAUACAGAUUUGUCAGUG